UCAACAAUUAUACAUUUAUGAUAAUUUAUUACUUUCAUAGUUAGAUUUAUUAAACUUUAUAUGCAGUUAAUGUUAAAACCAAAUAAAAUGGUUUAACUAUUUACCUUUACUGAAUUAGUUUAUUGCCUUGUGUUUCAGCAAAUCAUAAAUCAAUUGUCAGUCAUACCCAUCAAAGUCACUGAGUAAGGUUAACUACUGAAAAGGUAAUUGGUCUGCAUUGACAUGAAUAAGUAAAUAAAGUUAAUUUAUAUAGGAUUAAAUAAAUGAUAAAAAGAUUUUAGUUUUAGGACCUGUUGAUUUAUGUCCUUAUGCCCUUUGCUAAGCAGGUUGACCAGUCAGAUAUGUAUUUAUUUUAUUUCAUGAGUAAUACCAUGAUUUAAUAAUUAACUAAACAAUUGUCGAUAAUGUGAACAAUAAUGACUGCAAAUGUUAUCAAUGACGUCUUCAUUUGAAUAUUUAUAUGUAAUAUCAUUCAAUACUUUUAAGUUAGUACUAGACAUAAUUUUCAUUAUGCUCACAUUUCUGCAUUAAAAUUGUUUUCUACUGGUCAGAUGUAAUAUUCUAAUCUUCAAUACCCAAUUUACAUGAGUUGUAAGGAGAAAAUCAUCAGCCUGUACACCUGAUCAAACAAUGAGUUAAACCUAAGGUUUUUCCAAGUAAUGCUUAGCAGCACAACAUUUUAUUUGCAAUGUUUUGUGUUUGUCACUCACUUUCCUACGAUUGGAUUUAAGAAAGUAAGUGCGCCACAAACUGUGGUUAGUGAAUAUCCCCACCCACACACUGUGGGAGCGUAUGGGUGGAGAUGUGCUUUUCAUGACGUAUGAGGCAGUUAACAAAAUAUACUGUAGCAUGAAAGGGGAAUGCUUUAAAUCACAGGUUAAAAAGAUGAAGUUGUUAAUCCUCCUGCAGGCAUGUUUUUUAAUCAACAAUGUGUUCCUCUAGGCUCUCAAGACUUCUCAAUAUGAUGCUUAAGUUGGGAAGAAACAAGACAAUGUUAUAAAUCAAGUGCAUUUACUCUAUGCAUUCAAAAUCUUCCUGAAAUAGCCUUCUUUUAUCCUGAAUCGCUGUUUAAAUGUUUUUGUAGUGAGUAAGCACCAGCCAGGCCUUCUCAGAUUUUUGUGCCAGUCUGGAGAUGUCACACCUGUUCACGACAACGAACCAAUUAGGUAUGACCUUUGUUGUUCCAAUAAGCUCUCCCAGACUUAAAUCAAAUCAGCUUUAUUAUUCAGAGACGUGUGUAUGCUGCACAUCCCCAGGUAGGUAUCUUUGGAUUAUUGCAUCUCUCCUUUGCAUAUGUUUUAUUGCAAUAUGUUCUCCGCACAUGACAAAUAUACGUCUGUAAAGGAGACAAAGCACUGCCCUGCAGUGGAGCUGAGAUAUAAAAGUUCCUUGGAGCUGGUUUGCAAACAUUCUCCAAAUGUCUGGAGUACACAGGCUACAAUUUGUGUAAGCGUUGUUUUAAGAUAAGAAGUUAAGUCUUCCAAGCUUCUCCGUAACCCAGCACUGGAGGCUGAUGCCUUUUCCAUUAGGCCACUGUACCAUGCUGCAGCAUGAUUUUAUUCAGGUUCAAAACUGUGUAAAAGUAGAUUAUAUUUAAUUUAUUAAGACACAAAACAACACAUCAAUAUCCAAUACAGAAGUGCAUGCUUAAUUUAGAAGAACCAUUCAGACAAAAAAAACCCCAAAACAUUAGAAAUAUUUCAACUCAAUCUAUGUUUUAAAGCAAUUCACUCAAAUUGUUCAUGCCUCUUGAUGAUGUAUUGUUUUAUACUAAACAUUACAGAACUUAAGAUUCCAGUGUGGUUCUGUUAUACCUAAAUUGCUGCUGAUGUUUCCUUGUUUUCAUCUCCUGACAGAUUUGUACAACAAUAAUUAUUUCUCCUCCUUGUAUCCUCUCUGGGGUUUUUACUUCACAUCAGCACACUGUUCACUCACUCCUUUGCCCCACCAGCACCAGUAAUAGAGUAAUACACAUAAACCAGAAUCAGACAACUUCUUUAUGGAUUUGCUCCAAUUUUGUGUUUGUUAAUAUUCUUUUUUUUUUUUUUAAAGCAACAAAUGACAUCUAAGUUUUGUCACAAGUGCUCUUCAGAUGUAUGUUGUUGUGACUUUCAGCACUGUAUCUAGCUCUAAUGUGAUAGAUUCUGGUAGUUUGUGGUUCUGUUUUACUCUCUGCGAUGAUGCUGAUUGAUGAAAGACCCACCACAGCCCUGGGUCACUGCUGUUGGGAUGACCCCCAUGUUCACUAAUCCACAUGUCACUGACUUCUUGAUGGACUGCUCUGCUACGUGACAGACGUCAGGAGAUUUUUUCUCAAAGAGACAAGGGGUUUGAGGGAGUGGGAGGAGGAGAACAAGGGGAGGGGUGAUGCUCGCAUACCGUGAUCUACACUGCGAUCACUCGGGGUAACUGACGUUCUUGAUUCAUCAUCCGACGACCUCACGAGCCGCGUGGCUAUAUAAGCUGGGGGACACUGCUGUUCAGAAAACAAAUCCAGACCUCAAGGAACUGACCUCAGUUCAUCACCAAAGAUCUUGGUAAGUGCUUCUUGGUAAUGAUUUUGUGGAUUUUAUUACCUACAGCCAAACAGAUUCAUGGAGAUAUACUUUAAGAAGCUCAAAAUGGAUUUGCUUCUCUAUCCAUUUGUCAGUGAGAGUCUUGAGAGACAAAUCCUUUAAAAACAAAAUAAAAUGAAAGAAUGAAAGGUAAAUAUAAAUGAAAAGAUAUUGUUGAUGUUUGAUCUAGUUGUAUUUUUCAAUUUUCUAAUUUAUUUCUACUUAAGCAAACCUAGUUUGAUGACAAAAUGAAUUGCUGUGUAUUUCUUUGCAUGUCCCUAAGUACAGCCUAGGUUAAUCAGCAGUGCCCUUCAGUCCCCCUCAGUGCCUUGACCGACUCCCCCAGCCCCAGCAUGCUGCCUGGGAGAGACGCUGCUGUCCGGCGGUGCAUCCUGACGAGCCGCUGGCUGCCCGCAGCUCUGACGCUGCUCCUGCUGCUGUCCUCCAGCUUCAGCCGCGCUCAGAGCACCACGGUGGAGCAUGAUUUCCACAUCGUUCACAACGUGGACAACAGAAGUCCAGAGAUAGACCCGUUCUGGUAUGUGGGCCGUGGAGUGCGACCCAUAGGGCGCUUUGGGAAGAGGCACAGCAGCAUGGACGCUCUCGGAAACAGUGGGAUGCAGCCUGUCCUAAGGACUUUGGAGCUGCUGCUCAACAGCCUCAGAAAAAAGGAAAACCUUGAAAAAGUAAUCAGUGGAGAGGAAAAUGUUUGGUUACCAUGAUGCCAUGUUCUUGCCUUCUGUCCACAAACCUUUUUUUAUUCUCUUAACUGAAGUUGUACAUUCAUUUCUUUUAAUGUAAGCUAUGAGGUUAGUCAUACAUGCAUAAUUCAUUCACCAUAAAGUAUCUAUACGUAAAAGAAUGCAAUGUAUAUUUCUCAAUAAAUAACAGUGUUGUUAGGAUACCAGUUAACGGUGUCGGUUUUUGAGCUUGCAGGUGCACAACAAAAUGUUUGCUUCAAGCAAAACAGGAUUCCUUCAAGUUUGCAAAUUUUAUUUCAUAAUACAUUUUAUUUCUGAGUAUUGUGGCACAUAGAGAAUCUGUAUUUUUUGCAUUUUAAUAUUUUCCCCAACAUGUCAUAUGGAUUGCAACAAACGAUUACACAUAAAAAAAAGUGAAUCGCCCGCCUUUGGAGCUGUGCACAGUGUUGCUCAGACUGGAUUUAAACAGGAACAAAAGCAGUGUCUGUUUCCAUGCCAUUCACUUUCAUUUUCAAGAAUCCCAGUAUAAAAUGAGAUUACUGGCAUCUUACAGCUUUAAUUUUAACGUCCUAUACAAAUCCAGCUUCACAAAUUAUAGCAAUUUUUACAGUCUCUUGCACACAACACUGAAAGAACCGACCGGGCAAUAAACAUGUGGCACUAUAUCAUAUUCAUCUCUUUUUAACACAUAUACAUACAUUAGCAAACAUUUCGAUGAGAUAUUAUUAUUCUUUACAUUAGAAAAAUACAGGACACCGAUGAUUGGACCCUUGCAGAUGUGCUUUUCAUGAAAAACUUUACACCGAUCCCAUAAAACCAGAAACAUGCUUUUAUACUACAACACCUUUUGGAGAACAAGACUGACAAAAGUACAGAAUCAGUGUGUGCAAACUGAAAGAUGUGAAAGGCUGCGAUGAAAAGGUCACUAAUAGAAGAGGGAAGAGCAUUCAUACAGUGCAUCAUCACAUCUUUUAUGCAGUCCAUCAGGACAUUCAACCCUGUUUUUAUAUUUCGCCAAAACAAACAAACAAACAACCAAGUGCAUGGCUAAAUCAGAUUCUGAUUCAUGUAAGUCGUCACAGAAUAAAGAAAAGUUACCCAGAAUGAAAGGCAGUCUCCUCAAAUCUAGUGUCUAAGGAGUAUACAAGUACAGUGUGAAUCAAACUGGCCACUUUAAACAUGCCUUUUGUAGCAACUUGUUUUUGUAACACUCAUGUCACCACUGCUGAUAAAUGAUGGCUUACACUGAAAACAGUUUGAAUCACCACAUGAGUCUGGUAGAACUAAUUAGGGGUCCUUAGAGGGUAGGAUAAAGCCUUUAAUUUGUGAUAGUCCUUAUUUCUGUGAUAUUGCAUAAAAAUGUUCUGCAAGUACAAAAAUAAUCUGUUUGUAACAAAAUCAUGUUUUCAUGACAUUUAUAAUAUAGCCCAUUAAAUGUUGUUGUGUAAAAAUCUCAUCAAGAUUUUUAUGAUUAGAACACAAAAGUUCAGCUAUAACCCGGAAAAGGAUACAACAAAAACAAACAUUUUAUUUAAAAAGAAAGGCCACAAAGUUGAAAACAAAGAAUGCAAAAUAAAUUCUACAGAGACCUUUUUUUUUUUCACCGAAUGUCAGACCUCAAUUUUUCAACUCAGUCUUGUAAGAGAGAUCUUUUGAGCUCAGUGGGACAAACCUCGUUAAACUAAGGUUGUUAUUAUUAUUUCAGUGGUUCCGUGUUCAUCUUGGUUUGAAAUCAUACAGAAAAUUAUUUUUGGUUUGGGAUUCAUUAAAAAGGAUCUGUGCACCACCUCUAAUUUAAGGAUUAUGUUGUAGGCCAGUUGUAAAUUGUUGCCAUUUUACAAAACAAGAAACCAAAGAUUCAUAUUAGCUUAACAUUUCUAAAAGGAGACCCUGAUGUCAUUCGCAGUUGCUUUUUUCCAAGCCUAGACCCUUUUUCAACUUUUGGCCACCCAACAAGAACUUAGCUAAAUUGUGCCAAUUAUUUAUUUGAAAUAAAUUUCUUGCUUUAGUUGCUGACUUUUUGUCAGCAGAUAAUCAUGCGUUAUGCACACAUUUAGUCUAUUUCAUCAUCAGAGAUGUCCUUGCUAAUUGAACUAGCUACUUCAUCAGUGCUAAUGCUUAGCUAAGCCAACAAAUGGAGAGUAAUUGGCUGUGAUACCUACUGACAUGAUUGUAUUUAUAACGCUUUCUCGGUAUUUUCUAUUCACCCUGAUUAAAGAUAUACUGGGCUGCAACUAUGGUAGAAUAAGAUCUUUAUUUCAUCAACAUCGUUAAAAGAUUUAUUCUAGUUGUUUCUCACUUCCUGUGUGCAUAGUUAAGCUGGUUGAUGAUGAUUCAUUUCCCUAAGUUGCUGCCCAUUUGUUUCAUUAUAAUUAGCAUCCACUAUAUUUAGACUCAAAGUGAUCUUAAAGUCAGACAUACUGGACUUAUAUUAUCUAUCUCAUCUGCAUCAUCUACUUAGGUUGGCUCUCCCUCCUUUUCUCAUGCAUAGCAAAGCUAAUUGGCUGUUAGAGCCUACUUGGCCUUCACCAGGUUUAAUGGAAAUCAUGUUUAGAUAUAAAAUUGAUCUUCAAGAAAGACACAUUGGAAUUUAAUUAUGGUAGAAUAUGUUAUUUAUUUCACCUUACUUUUACUUUGUUGUAUUUAGCACAAGCCAUUUUCUUCCACUUAAUAUAAUAUUCAACUUAAACUAGCUGGUUCCCCUUCUUGUAUGCAGUGUUGUACUAAGAAAUUGGAUUGUUUUUUAGUUACAAUUAAAAAAAAAAAUACAAUAAGAACACCAUAGGAAGGAAAAAUUUUGUUUUGGAGAAUUGAAGACUGCCAAAUGGCCCUGAGCUCAAUAUCCAAUAUGGCUGCCAUGCAUAUAAAAUACAGUGAAAGAAGAUGUCUGGCUAUAAACUCUUUAUAAGCUUUGUGUCAGUUUCUCUCUCAUUAAACCAACAUACUGUAAACUUCAGUUUGGAAACACAUUUCUUUAGUGUUUGAAUAGAUAAAAUAAAGAUUAGUGCAGAUAGCCUAACUGGAUGCUGGAUAUCAAUUAGCUUCCCUCUAACUGGAACACUGGCUUCUAAACUAUACUGCAAUUAUAUGAAUAUUUUAUUCUCAUCUGUACGUCAAUAGUAGAUUGAACAAUAUCACAAAUGUGCUUUGUAUUUGUUUUAGCUCCUGCACACUGCAGUGGUAGGAAGAGUCCUUCCAUGUUUUGGCCCAGAUACUUUGCAUAUCUUAAACACUGUUUUCAGGUACUUUGAGUGCAAUGAUCGGAUUUUAAAUUGUUAAAAUAUCAAAGUGUAACGGCUGUCUGACAUAAGUGUGUAAAAUGAAAAAAAAUAAAAUAAAUCAAUGGUAGUUGGAGGGUGGAUAAAUACCUGUUUUCUUUUUACCAGUUUACUUAGGAACUAAAAACACAAGACAGCAUAAAAACUGUCCGGUCUUUCCAUGAUACUGAAUCAUAGAGAGUUUCACACAAUCUUUCCACAGCUUCAUCUUACACUCAGUAACAACACUGCUGCAAACAGAUAGAGAACGGCAAUGCAUUCUUCUUUGUCU